GCUGCGCCUACUGAAAAGAAUUAUGUCAUUUGGUGGUUAUUCAAACACUAGCAUUGACCUCCACAAUUCUUGACAGACACCUCGAAACUAAUUAAUGCUCAAUUGAUUCUCCAACUAAUCAAAAUGGUUCAUGGAGAAAAAUAUAUCAAUGCUGAAGAGAUUGUAAAGCACAAGGAUGGUCGAAUUGAUCUUUUCAACACUAUCCUUGCCCGAAAGGAUAAGAAUUCUCAAAUCCCUGUUCUUGCUGAAACAAAGACAGCUUCAGUGUCACAGCCAUUACCACUGUUACCAUCCGCCCCUAUGCCAGGAAAAUACCGAAAAUUAUUACCAGCCUCAGCACCAUCUACAAUCAUCAACAAAGUUGACUCUAGCCCAGUUUCAGACUUAAAAGAAGCAGAAGGAGACACAGGGACUAUAGCUUCAUUUUCUAGAAAACGCUUAUCAAGCCCCCCAUCCCCAACAACAACACCAAGCAGUAUUGGUAUAAACACGACAGUCAAUAGUAAAAUUAGUAGUAGUAACGAUAUUGGUAGCAGCAAGGAUGGAUCAUACGCAAGGCUAAGGAAAGUUUAUAAAGUGACUACAACACCAAUAGGAGAGGGUCAUAGUCACGGAUAUUUGGAUAUCUUCAAGGGAUAUGUCGAACAACCAUCGACUGUUCCAGCAGAAAUUGCGUACUGGCACGAUCAUGAGCAUCUUAUUAUUAAGGAUGCUUAUCCAAAGAGUAAAGUACAUAUGCUAGUUCUGCCGAGACAAAGGAUUGACAAACUGGACAAGUUGUCAAGUACUAGCGGGAUCACUCUCAUCCAGCGCUUAAAAGAACGUGCUCACUGGCUUGUGACGAGGUUAAAGGAGGAAUCACCAGAGCUCGAGCUUAAGAUAGGGUUCCAUGUUAUCCCAAGUUUAAUGCAAUUGCAUUUGCAUGUUAUCUCACAGGACUUUUGUGGUACAGGAUUGACAAAGAAACGCCAUUGGAAUACGUUUACAACACCAUUUUUUAUUACACCUGAUGAAGUGAUUACGAUCCUUCAACAGCGAGGAUCUUUCAUAUUAAGUCCUCAAGACGUUAUUAAUUAUGAAGCCAUGUCAAAACGCGACUUAAAAUGCAAUCAAUGUAAGGAAACCCUCAAAAAUAUGCCCAUGCUCAAAAAACAUCUUGAGGAACAUUAUCUCAAGAAAAAGGAAAGAGUAGGCGCCAUGAAGUAACACUGAGAGUAUCAAGGAUGAACUCAGUCGGAAUAAAAUGACAAACAUCUAGUCCUU